AUGCCUCCCUUCUGUGAGAUCUGCACAGGUGUGCACAGGAAAGUCACCUUUGACUUGAGGGCACACCUGGUGGGAGAGCUUGUCCUCCUGCUCUGGCUGCAGGACUCCUGGAAUGAUGAGGUUACCGUGGCAUCUGGAUCCAACAUCAUGGACCCCAUUUGUCUAGUGAAAAAUGAGAAAGAGAAACUGACAGUGAACCCAGAGGCAAUAAAGAUUCUUCAAAAUAUUACUGAUCCUGUGGUGGUGGUGGCUAUUGUUGGACUGUAUCGUACAGGAAAAUCCUACCUGAUGAAUCAUCUUGCAGGACAGAACCAUGGGUUCCACCUGGGCACCACAGUAAGGUCUGAAACCAAGGGCAUCUGGAUGUGGUGUGUGCCCUACCCUCAGAAGCCACAAUUCACUCUUGCCCUUCUGGACACUGAGGGCCUGGGUGAUGUGGAAAAGGGUAACACUAAGAAUGACUCCUGGAUCUUCGCCCUGGCCGUGCUUCUGAGCAAGCACAGCAUGAGCACCAUCAACCACCAGGCCCUGGAGGAGCUGCACUAUGUGACUGAACUAGCGGAGCUAAUCAGGGAAAAGUCCACUUCAAGUUCUGAGGGAAUGGAUGACUCUGAUGAGUUUGUAAGCUUCUUUCCAGAUUUUGUUUGGACUGUUCGGGAUUUCAUAUUGGAGCUGAAGUUAGAUGGACGUCCCGUCACAGAAGAUGAGUACCUGGAGAAUGCCUUGAAGCUGAUUCCAGGCAGAAGUCUCAAAAUCCAAAAUUCCAACAUGCCUAAGGAAUGUAUCAGGCAUUUCUUUCCAAAACGAAAGUGUUUUGUCUUUGAUCAACCCACAAAAGAAAAAGAUUUCUUAGUUCAUAUUAAGGAACUGCCAGAAGACAGGCUGGAUUAUAAUUUCCAAGCACAAUCAAAAAAAUUCUGUUCUUACAUCUUCGCCAAUGCAAAUCCCAAGAAGCUGAAAGAGGGAAUCAUGGUCACUGGGAACCGACUGAGGACUCUGGUGGAGACCUAUGUGAAGGCCAUCAACAGCAGGGCAGUGCCUUGCCUGGAGAACGCAGUCACCACUCUGGCCCAGCGAGAGAACUCAGCAGCCGUGCAGAAGGCAGCCGACCACUACAGCGAGCAGAUGGCCCAGCGAGUGCGGUUCCCCACAGACCCACUCCAGGAGCUGCUGGAUGAGCAUGCAGCCUGUGAGAAGGAGGCCAUCAAGGUCUUCAUGGAUCACUCCUUCAAGGAUGAAGAUCGGGAAUUCCAGAACAAGCUGGUGGAAGUCAUUGAAGAAAAAAAGGAAGAUUUCUUGUUGCAAAUUGAAGAGGCAUCUGUCAAAUACUGCCAAGCUGAACUGAAGCAGCUUUCAGAGCCACUGAUAGAAAGCAUUUCAAAAGGAAUUUUCUCUAUUUCUGGAGGCCACAGUCUCUACAUAGAAGCAAAAAAGAAGGUUGAACAAGGCUACCUCCUAGUGCCCAGGAAAGGAGUUAAGGCAAAUGAGAUUCUCCAGAGCUUCCUACAGUCACAGGCUGCUGUAGAGAAAUCCAUCCUGCAGUCCGACAAAGCCCUCACUGAUGGAGAGAGGGCCCUUGCAGCCGAGUGGACCAUGAAGGAAGCGGCUGAGAAGGAACAGGAGCUACUAAAACAGAAACAGAAAGAACAGCAGCAAAUGAUGGAGGCCCAAGAGAAAAGCUACCAGGAAAACAUGGCUCCACUGAAGAAGCAGAUGGAAAGGGAAAAGGAGAACAUUCUGAGGGAGCAGGAAAGGAUGCUGGAGCACAAGCUGAAGAUGAGUCUGCAUGGGGCCUGGAACAUAUCAUGGGGACAGUCGUCAAACCUGUCACCGCGCAAUCCCUCCUUACUCUCACUAAGGUGACACUGAGGGAAUCCUAGGAAACUAGGAGCCAUGGACAUUCUUACUACCCAGGAAACAUGUGGAAACAUCAGAUACCUUCAUCAGAGAUCACGUUGGGGGUGGAAAUAGAUGUAUACCCUUAGCUCUUGCAACUGUUGAGGGCAAAUCCCAAACCCUCAAUGAGUGUGAUUUCUGCUUCUAGGUCCAAAAAAGACCUGCUUGAGGAAGGAUUUGCAAAGAAAGCUGAGGAGAUGAAUGUAGAGAUACACCAACUCCGAAAAGAAUAUGAAACAACUAAGGAAAACACACCCUCUUUGGGUGCACACAUAACUGAUGGGAUUGGCAAUGUGUUACUUUCAGAAUUGCCAGGUGUCACUAAACUAUUUGGUGCAGGGUUGAAAAUUUUGAGUGAAAAAAUGAAAAAUGUCUCUUAGCAAACUAUAAGCAGGCUUCUUUUGUUUUUCUGAGGCUGUUUUGAAGACUGUGUCAUGUUAGUUUCAAUUUAUUAAGUCAAAAAUAAAAAGUAUGUAUCAGAGCCUCCUGCAUACAAGACAAACUUAAUAUUUAAUAUUUGAUUGGGUUAAUUUAAAUAAUGAGUAGGUUUGACAGUAUAACAAAAUAAAAGACCAAAUUUGUAAUGUCAACAAAUACCGCAAAAUACAAUGAUCUGGAAGUCAGUAAAACUCAUUUGAAGAUAUUUUUAAUUACUGGAGGUCACAGUAUUUUAAAUGUACAGAAAUAAAAAUGUUGAUGCUCCUUACAUCAAUAUAUACAUCAGAUAUAAUUUAAAUAAAUAUACCAAAUAUUUUCUUUGGAAGUAUAUUUAUACUGUCUGGCACAAGUCCCAGGUGAGACAGACAGUGAAAAUCUGAAAACAGAAAAUAGAGACAACGCAAGCUGGUAAAUAGUCUAACAUAUAGCACAGGGAUGCUAGCCCCUGAAUAUUGAAACAGCAAUAAAAUAAACUUGGAAGAGGAAAUACUUUCAUAGAGUCAUGUGAAAUUGAAUACAUAAUAAAUUUCACAUGCUAUAAAAUAUUCAGCCAAAUUGAAAAAUUUGAAGUCCUUACACAUUAUACCAAAAAAAGUCAAAUGGAUCAAAAUAUAAGCAUGAAACAUUGUACACUGCAAGUAAAUGAUAUGGAAGAGUAUUCUAAUAAAAAUCCUGGAGGGGGAGGCCCUUUCCCAGCGGGAUAUAUUAGAAAAAUAUUUAAAAACAAAGGAUUGAUAAUGUUAACUACAUAAAAAGACAUUCUCCACAGAAGCAUAUCAGCAAAAUAAGAAAAAUGGCAAAACAAUACAUUUUAUGUCAAAAAUGAUGAAAUAAUUCAUAACACUUUAAAUCACUGAAAUUAAAGACCAACUCCCUUGAAAACACUGGACAAAUAUCUAAGAUGGAAUUAAAGAGGUUUAACUUCAACAAUAAGAGAUUUAAAAACAAAGCUAUGAGAUACUUACAUUCUCCACAGAUCAAGAAAGAAAACCACAUUUGUUUUGGUUGAUUUUAUUUUGACACAAAGAUUUAGAUAAACAGAAAAUAUUUCCUCUUUGCUACUAAGAGUAUGAAAUGUUACAAUUAUACAUUAAAGUGUUAAAUGCACAAGCUUUUGAUCCAAUAUGAAAUUAUCUUAUAGAUUUAAUGACACAUAUGUUAAAAUAUAUGUGGCAGCAAUGUAUCUUGGCAGAAAACUGAAAACCACUAACUCUCUGUGGGUUACUAAUAAUAGAUACCAAAGGACAUCCACACAAAGGAAUAUUCUACAGUCACUCAAUGAAAGGACAAGCUCAUUUUGUACUAAUAUAAGAAAGUCUUCAAGAUUUAUCAUAAAAUGUAGAAAGGCACAAAUGUAUAUAGAUGCUGCCACUUAAUGUAGAAGAUAAUAAGUUUACACUAAUAUUAUUAUAUAUAACUCAAGACAAAUAUACAAUAAACUAAUAGCUAUUGUCAAAAGCAAGUAAAACUUGGUAGUCAAAAGAUACAGGGAAGGUUAAAACCUGCACAUUGUAUAUUCUCCUCUCAUCUUUGCCUUUGGUAUGGUAUGCAAUUAUUACUUAUUCAAAAAAAUAACUAGGAUGGCUGAAAUUAAAAAUGAAAUAAUGAUAUGUGGAACAGAAUAAUGCCAUUACAGGAUGUAAAGUUUCGAUGCUAUUACAAAGGACACAAAUCACUCAAUUGAAAGGAAGUAAUUACCAAAUAGCCAACUAGGAACCACGAGAAUGCCUGAUGAUCCUGUUUUCAUUGUCUCUUUUCAAUAAAGCUGGGGAUUAUACCUAAUACGGCUUCUAAAUUCCAGUCCUGUAAUCCUAAAAUUGGUGAAUUGCAAAGAAAAUUUUUCUUCAAGGCCAGUUCAUCAUUUGAUCAUGUGAUUCCUACCCAGCUGUCUGUUACUGAAGACAUGAAUGAGGGGUAGUUCUGAGAGUUGAACAUGUUAUCUGUUGAUUCUGUGUCUUUCCACACAAACUGCACACUUAUUAAACACACGCAGCUUCUUCACCCUGUUUCCUUUAUUACUUUCUGUUCCUCUUUAACCUUUUCUGUUCUGAUUCCCCAAAUUUAAAGACCCAAUCCAAAAAUGGGCAUCUGAAAUGAAUAGACACUUCUCAGAUG